UCCAAACUCUCACUCAGUGUUGGAGAACCGGCAACCGUCAUGGCUGACGAAGCGAUUGAACGUGUGCUGAAGGUGAUCAACCAAGUGUUUGCCUUUAAAAUCCCCCCUCAAUCGUCUGCGGCGGGACAUCGAGCGGACUCGUGGCCGAAAGAUCCUGUGUGGACUGGUCGUUUGGUCAUUUCUUCAAUCAACGAUGCGACCCAGAUCCAGCUGCGAGACCCCAAGACUGGUGCGCUCUUUGCUGCGUGCCCCAUUUCAAAGGAUGGCCCGCCAGCCGUCACGAAAGUUGUGGACAGCAGUCGCUACUUUGUCUUGCGACUUGUGGAUCCGAAAUCCGGACGUCAUGCGUUUAUCGGUAUUGCGUUCGAAGAUCGAAACGACGCGUUUGACUUCAACGUGGCCAUCGAUGACCAUCAAAACGAGGUAAAGCGCGAAGAACACGCAGCCACCGAGGCCGUGACCAAUCCCACGGUUUCCAAAGACUUUUCCCUCAAACAAGGCCAAACGAUCAAGAUCAAACUCAACAAGAAAGAAAAGGACUCGGACGGCAACCCGGCGCCAGUGCAGCCGUUGGCCGCGCCUGCGGCGUCCAAGCAAAGCGACAACUUUGGAGUGUUCUCGUCCUUUGGCUCUCCCACGGCCACGCAGCCCGCCGCACCUCCUAGCACGUGGGAAACCUUUUAAGUGCUCUUAAGAUAAGCCCAGACCUUUGUCGGAGGUCGAGUCAACGUUGUGUCAACACCCAA